AUGAUGAAGCGGCACGACAGCGACAGCAACCAGAGCAGCUCGUCGACGUCUUCGUCAUCCUCGAACUCCAAUAGCUCUUCGCCCAAACCAGCCCCCAAACGCCAACAACAAAAGCAGCAACAAAGACGCAAAGCGUCACUAUCGAGAGAGCAGCAGGUUCUACAAGACUAUGUCCCCAAGUAUCUCAAGCCCUAUGUAUACCCCUAUCAUGGUGAAUUCUGCUACACACCACUCUUUAAAACGCGUUUUAUUGCCCAGCUCAUGGCCGAAGGAUUCUUACCGGUCGCCACACGAGGCAUGCUGCUACCCAAAUUGCAUCAAAAUCGUUCCGUGAUCCAGUUACCCGAUGAAUUGCACGUGUCCAAGUCGGUGCGGAAAAAGUCCAAGCGGUUUUCGAUAUCCGUCAACAAAGAAUUCGAUCAGGUAAUUGAAGGGUGUCAUACCCAACAUGGCAGUCAUUGUUGGCUCUAUCCGCCACUGGUCAAAGCCUUUCGCGAAAUGAUGGGGGCUGGAAAGAUUGAGGCGUCUCCCAUGGACCCCGAAACUGGAAAACCAUAUCCGGAUCGGACCUGGACCGUCCGCUUGUAUACCAUUGAAGUUUGGAACGAGGAAACGGGAGCGCUGGCAGGAGGAGAGAUCGGAUAUACCGUGGGUAGCAUCUACACGAGUCUCACUGGAUUCACCAAAGAAGAUAGUGCCGGAUCGGUACAAUUGAUUGCUCUGGGUAGGCUCUUAUCGGAGUGUGGCUUUACGCUGUGGGAUCUAGGGAUGGAUAUGGACUACAAGCGUGGCAUUGGAGCCAAACUCAUGCCUCGAGACACCUUUGUACAGCAAGUGCAUGCCGUUCGAGAAACACAAGAUCACUUGCUCCUCCCGUCUCGAGAAAGUCCGGCUCAAAAUUGCAAAGAAGUCAUUGACCGGAACCAACCUGCAUCGCAGCAGCAACCACAACAACAGCCAUCACAAAAACCAAAAAAGCAAAAGCAACCAAAAAACAAGAAAAAGGGUCCCAAACCCCCUUCCCAACCCGCAAAUGGAGCUGAUUCGGCCGAAGACAAUGACAGUCGAGAACAAACACACACUCCGCCUGCACCGGAAGCAGAGACACCAGUCAAAAGGGUGAGGAAAUCGGAUCAGCCACCACUGGAGCUGGAGGAGGCAAGCUCGGCCACUUGUUGA